CUCACCCUGGGCCCCAUUUUGCAACAAGUGCGCAGGCAAAACGUCCUGGGCAUCUUCUUGCUCAGCCUGUUGCUCUCCGACAUCCUUUUCAUCUUUACCAUGCCCCUCUGGAUCAACUACUACCGCCAGGACCAUCACUGGCAACUGGGCGUCAUGUCGUGCAGCGUGGCCGGCUUCUUCUACUACUCCAACAUGUACAUCAGCAUCUACCUGCUGUGCUGCAUCUCGGUGGACCGCUGCCUGGUGGUCACGUACCCUUUGCGCUCCAAAACCCACCGGACGUCGUGCUACGCCUGGGCGCAGUGCGUCAGCAUCUACGCGGUGGUCACAGUGCUGCACGUCAUGGUGCUGUUCAACGACAACCUCCAAGACGCCCACGACGGCCGAGACGACCGCUGUUACGAGACCUACCCCAUGGAGAAACCCGUGGCCCUGUUCAACCUGCUCCGGGUGGGCGUCGGCUUCUUGCUCCCCCUGCUGGUGCUGGCCGUCAGCUACUGGAGGGUGCUGGCGACGGUGGGCCAGAGUCCGGGCCUGAGCGCCCAGGUCAAGCGAAAGGUGCGCCUGCUGUCUUUCGGGGUGAUCGGGAUCUUCUCCGUUUGCUUCGCGCCGUACCACAUCCUGCUGCUCACGCGCUCGCUCAUCUUCUACACGCGGCCGCUCGAGAGCUACUGCGAGUUUGAGCAGCGGGUGCACUUCGCCUUCUCGUGUACGCUCGCCUUGUCCAGCCUGAACUGCGUGGUGGACCCCGUGCUCUACGUGCUGGUCAGCAAUGGAAUUCGGGAGGAUGUGAAAGUGUGCUGCAAAAGGAACAAAACCACGCAGACGAACGAGCGCGCACCUUCCAGACACAACACGGCAAAGUUGAAUAAUCAGAUAAUAUGAACGUCCUCUUUGAUAUUCUUCUCACUCGGUUCUCCAGUAUGAGACAAUCAGAUCCGUUGAGAGUGACGCAUUGCCAUAUUUGUGCAACCCCCUCGCCACCUCCUUCAUAUUCUGCUCACUCUAGAUGAGGAGGCAGAUAAGACCAGUAUGCUGUCCACAAGUUAUGUAGCUGUUAUCCAUCACAGGGAUUCUCCAACCUUGUAGGUCCACGGACCACUUACAGGGAGACAUUGUUCC